AUGGCCGUAUAUAUGGCCAUGUGGCCCAUGGGCCGGCGACACGGCCCACGGCACGGCCUUUUGGCACGGCCCACGGGCGGCACGGCACGGCAGGCCGCGUGCCCGUGCCGGCACGGCCCGGUGCCCCGUGUAGUGCAUGGGCCGCCGGCUUGGCCCAUGACACGGCACGGGCACGGCACGCCCAAAACGCCGGCACGGCGCCUCGCGCCCUCGCCCACGCGGUUGCCGUUGGUGGUGCCUGACGCUGCGUCGUCCUCCUCUGGAGGCGCCAUGGCAAGGCCGCCAAAGCGCCCAUGUUCACCGUCGAGGGACGGUGCUGGAGGUGCUGGUAGGGGGCGGAUCCGGCCUCCCCUCAAUCCAUCGGGCUUGGUGACGAAGCCAGUUGGCGUGGAUGUUCCACCACACCGUGCCGACGGCGACGAGCCGGAGCCCGAGGAGGAGCUGGAGAUCGGGAACGACGACGACGUCCGCGAGGACACAUCAGUGCUGUUCGGCAUCGAUAUCGGUGACGGCCCGAACCCGAUCGGUGUGGUGGACUUGGAUCCGUCCGAGGAUACUAAUGGUAAUGCUAUCUCAUCUGGUAAGCGCUCUGCUUGUUGGGAGGAUUUUGUCCCUAUCCUUGACGACAAUGAGGUUCGAACUCACGCCAUCUGUAAACGUUGUGGUAAAAAAUUUGCUGCUAGAGCUUCGAUUGGCACUGGAUCCUUGAAUAGGCACAUGCUUGCUUGUAGGAAAAAACAUGAUAAUGAUCGUAAGGUCCAAUCUAGGUUGUCUACGAAUGCUGAUGGGGUGCAUAACUGGAUUUAUGAUGCUUCUCGUGCUCGUGAUGAACUGUGUUGGUUGAUUGCUAGGCUUGAUCUUCCAUUAGGCAUUGGUGAGACACAGGCCUUUGAAGAUUACAUUAAGCGUGCUCAUAAUCCUAGGUUCCAGAAGGUUUCUAGGCAGACCACUACUAGAGACAUGUGGAAAUUGUUUAAUGAACAACGUGCUUUGCUUAAGAAUUCUUUGAUGCCUGCUUGUUCAUCUGUUGCUUUAACAUCUGAUAUCUGGUCUGGUAAUGCUAAGGAGGAUUAUAUUUCUGUUGUUGCUCAUUAUGUUGGUGCUGAUUGGGAGUUGCAUAAAAAAGUUAUUGGGUUUAGGCUCAUUGAUGCAGCACAUACUGUUGAGAACAUAGCUGAAAAAAUAGACAGUGUAGUUGAGGAGUUUGGUUUGAUUGAUAAGGUCUUUGUUGUGUCUCUUGAUGAUGCUUCAGCUAAUACUAAGACUUUUGAAAUCUUGGAACCUAUCUUCUUUGGUUACAUGGGAUCAUAUCCUGCACCUACGAGGGAUGAUCCUCUCAAAGUCAAGUAUUUGCUUGUGCAUCAGCGUUGUGCAUGCCAUAUUAUUAAUCUGAUUGUUAAGUCUGGCUUAAAGAGGUUUGAUCCCUAUCUUGAUGCUUUCAGAACUGCAAUAAACUUUCUGAAUUCCUCUAAUACCAGAAUUGCUUUGUUUAAGAAUUACUGUAAUGCUCAGGGUAUUAGACCUAGAAAAUUUGGCUUAGAUAUGGAUGUUAGAUGGAAUUCUACCUAUUUGAUGCUUAAGCAUUUGCUGCCAUAUAAAGAUGUAUUUUCUGUGUGGUGCAACUCUAAUUAUGGUGAAACAUUGUUGACUCCCCUACACUGGUAUGUGGCUGAGCAGAUCAUGAAGUUCCUGCAACUGUUUUAUGAUGCAACUGUUGUUCUGUCUGGUGUUUACUAUCCCACUGCUCCACUUAUGUUGCAUCAUUUGCUUGACUUUGCUGAGCAUUUGCAUAAAGCUGAACAUGAUGAGAAUUUCAGAAGCAUUGCAAUUCCUAUGAAAAAUAAGUUCCUUAAAUAUUGGAAGACAAUCCCUCUGUUGUAUUCUUAUGCAUUCAUUCUUGAUCCUAGAGCUAAGAUGAAAGGGUUCUUUAAUGUGCUUGAAUUACUUGCUCAAUAUACUGGUACCUCUUAUAGUUAUAGUCUAUACUAUGGUGAUGUGAAAGCUCAACUAACCAGAUUGUUUAGCAAGUAUCAGGAGAAAUUUGGUGAAGCUCCUCGGCCUGAGAGGCCUGCAAUGCCUACUGCUCAUUCAGGUAAAAGCAAGCAGGCAUGGGGAAAGAUCUAUGGAGGUCCUGAUGCAUCAUCUGGCCCCUCCUCUUCAUCUACUCAAUCUAGUUCUGGUGUUAAUGAGCUCUGUACAGCCAGGAUACUCGAAGACCGACGGCGGCGCUUGUUGCCUGAGCAUGUGGAGAUGCUCACCUGCCUGAAGGACUGGGACCAAGGGGCCAGAAAAGAACAGCAUGCACCUGAGGACAAGGGCCUAGAGGAGUUGUUCGACAGCUUAUUCCUGGAUGAAGGAGAAGGCAGCGGUGGUGCUGCUGCUGGAGCUGGCGGUUAG